CUUGCCGAAGGGUCUGUGCCGGGGAGACCUUCAUCCCCCCCCGUGCCCGGCCCGGGCCCCGCUCCCGCCGGAGCCGCCCUGGGGCCGCCCCGGGCUCCGCCCGCCCCGCUGCGGAGCUGCAGCCUCCAGGCUACAGAAUAGCGUCCACGUUUUGCUCCAGAUCAUCCCAUCCUCCCAGGGGAAGGAAAUGGCUGCAAUGGAGCUGGCUCAGGGGCCGGUGACUUUCGAGGAGGUGGCUGUGUAUUUCACCAGAGAAGAGGGGGCUCUGCUGGACCCCACUCAGAGAGCUCUCUACAGGGAUGUCAUGCAGGAGAACUAUGAGACGGUGUUAUUGCUGGGGUUUCCAGUUUCCAAGCCUGAUGUGAUCUCGGAGCUGGAACGAGGGGAAGAGCCGUGGGUCCCAGACUUCCACGGCUCUGAGAAAAAAGUGCUCCCGAGAGCUGCCUGCACAGCUGUUGGAAUGGUGAGUGAGAAUAAGGAGAAUCCCCAGCAGGAAGAUGCUGAGCCACUAGAACCAUAUGGGACAUUAUCAGGAAGAUCCAAAGGGAAUGAUUCCGGGAGUUGUGCACUCCCAGAAAAAGCAAAAGCCUGUGAGAGUCAGCAAAGGCCAGAGGAAAACUUCAGUAGCCACUCAGACCUUAUUACACAUGGGAGAAUCAACUUGGAAGAGGCAUGCUACAUAUGUCAUGAAUGUGGGAAAACCUUCAAUGGAAGCUCAGAUUUUUUCACACAUCAGGGAAUCCACAGAGGAGAGAGACCUUACAUGUGCUCUGAGUGUGGGAAAUGCUUCAAUCGGAGCUCACACCUUAUCACACAUCAGACAAUCCACACAGGUGAGAAACCUUAUGGAUGCUCUGAUUGUGGGAAACGCUUCAAUCGGAGCUCAUACCUUAUCAUACAUCGGAGAAUCCAUACGGGUGAGAAACCUUAUGGAUGCUGUGAGUGUGGAAAACGCUUCAGUUGGAGCUAUGCCCUUAUCGCACAUCAGAGAAUCCACACAGGAGAGACGCCCUACACAUGCUCUGAGUGUGGGAAAAGCUUUAAUCGGCACUCACAGCUUAUCACACAUCAUAGAAUCCACACAGGAGAGAAACCCUACACAUGCUCUGAAUGUGGGAAAUGCUUCAGUCGGAGGUCUGCCCUUAUCACACAUCGGAGAAUCCACACAGGAGAGAUGCCCUACACAUGCUCUGAAUGUGGGAAAAGCUUCAAUCAGAGCUCAAACCUUAUCACACAUCGUAGAAUCCACACAGGAGAGAUGCCUUUCACGUGCUCUGAGUGCGGGAAAAGCUUCAAACAGAGCUCUACCCUGAGCAGACAUCAGAGAAUCCACACAGGAGAGAGACCCUACACAUGCUCUGAGUGCGGGAAAAGCUUCAUUGAGCGCUCAGACCUUGUCAGACAUCGUAGAAUCCACAGUGGAGAGAAACCCAACACAUGCUCUGCGUGUGGGAAAAGCUUCAAUCAGCGGUCAUUCCCUGUUAGACAUCAGGAAAUCCACAUGGGAGAGAACUGUAAGAAAUGCCUGGACUAGGGCUGGCCAAAGAUUUGUUUUUAAAAGUAUCACAUUUGCUAAUGUAUAGUGAUCUUUGCACCAUCUUCACCGUGGUCUCUCAGCUCCCCCAGAUGAGUUGCCUGCUUCUGCCUUUUGCAGCUCACCCUUCUUUGGGGUCAGUCCUGUGAUCUUUUCUAUCAACUCCUUUCCUUUUUAGUCAUAAGAGUGUGUCCCCCUCCAGCCAGGAAUGUUCAUCAGCUCCAGAGAGAUGGUUUGAUCCCAACAAGCUACACUGAGGCAAAAACUACCUGUGCCCUACAUCCACUAGGACUGUACAUGGCGUUGGCAGCAGCUCCUGUUAGUGAUCUUGGUGUAAAAAGACAAUUACAGUUGUAGAGCAGAUACAGCCCAGGUGCAGUGGUUGCAUUAGCUUUCCUCUUGGUCUGACCUAAACUCCAUCACUUUUCCUCGUCUAAACAAACCCUGAGCAUCCCGGUUAUACUGUUCCCCCAUUUCAAAGCAAUUGUUACUCAUCAAGUUUCCCCUUUGGGAACACAUUGUUUCAUUCCCAGUUGCUUUGAUGUUGCUUCAGGUUGUGCUGGAGAGCAGAUAUUUUUGCUACCAUUUUCCUCACUUAAAAUAUAUUGAACUAUAACAAAGAGCAGGAACAGGGCAGGGAUAGGGAAAACUGUCAUUUCACCCUCUGUAACAACAGAAGAAGAUAGGGUAAGUCAGAGGGAUUCCCCAUCACCAUCCCAAUCCCCUAUUGCUCAAUUGCUUAGGUCAAUAUUUUUUCUAAAGGGCUGGAAAGAGGAUUCCUUAGUAAAUGACAUGUAAAUAGGUAAAAUACUCAUACAUUUGGCUCCCACUGCAGUUCUGGCCCAGGCCCUGCAGGAGAUGGCUCUUGAAGAUAUCUCCUUCCUAAUCAGGUGCAUGUUGCCUAUUAUUUGGGAAAUACAAUCCCUUUUUAGAUAGAGAUGGGAAAAAUGGAAGUGACGUUUCUGUUCAGCUCACCCCUGGGAGAUGCUGAAAAUGUGUAGAAAAUGGAAUCCGUGUUGAAUGUGAUAGAGCUGCAGAAAGAUACCUAUUUUUAAUAGCUACCUGACGUUUAGUGUCUUACAGGGAUUCUAAAACGCACCUGAAUUUAGUCCCUAAUUUUAAAUCUGUGCCACCAGAUUAAAGAAAUAAAAGGGCAUAUUUGGGGGAUUUAUACCUCAUUAUCGCGACUGAUAUGUUGUGCGUUUGGUGAAGAAUUCUACCCCAGAGAAGUGUAAAAUUACUCCAAGUAAGGUCAAUGAUUUGAGAAGAACUCAGGUAGAAAUUGCAGGUACUAGUGGUUGAUUUUCACCCCAGAGAUGGACGCUAUGGUGACCUGUGGCCCAGGUAUACUGUUUUUAGAACGCUGCUCCCUAGUUAAGUGGCAUUGAUCACACUCCUAAAGGAUGCCAUGAUUAAAUUGGGAACAACUGUCUUUUACCAUUUGGAUCCAAAGUUAGAUGAAGCACAGAGAGAAACAGCUGAGUCCUUCAGAGUCAUUCCAUGCCUAUGGGUCCCAGUCUGGCUGCCUUGUUGGACAAGAAGCACUUCAUUGGCUACCAUCAUUUGUCCAGCAUGGAGGGAAUGUAUCAGAUUCCAAGUUCAGACUGCAGGAUACAUGGAUGCUGAGUCCUGACUCUGUGGUUUUGUCUCUUAGUUUUGGUCUUGAGUCUUAUGCAUUUGUAUCAUUUCUCUGCCUCCUGCUACUUUGAAAGAUUAGAAAGUGUGAAAAUAGAGCACAGGUGGUUUUUCUCAUCAUGCGACCUUCCCGCAUAGUGUGAGACCCCUUUCCACCCACACUUACGGGAGAAGACCCAGGGAGAAAUGAACUCACAGAAAUGGAAGGCUCCUAGGUUAUUGUAGAAUGUGACUUCACACAAAGCUCACUGGGUGGAAAUGGGAAUCAAGAGAAAACUGCCCUAUAGGUUUAUAUUUUGUAAUAUUUGAAUAAGUUGUUACCAGCGACAUGGAAAUUAAACGUGAAGUUAAUUAGUGUAACGAAAGAGGCUGAUUCUGUGAUAACUUUCAGUGUUACAAUAUAAUUCAGCUUUUCUUCUAGUUCUCUCCCUGCCCCCUCCUACUAUAUAGGAAGUGGUGGCUAAUCCUGAAAUUAAAACCUCACUCCAAAGGAAUUAGAGUUGGGGAAUAUGUGAGAGAAAUAGCAUGUAUGAGAAUAGAGACCCAGGAUAGAUUGUAAUUAUUUGUAUUUCAAAUGGAAUUUAUUUUGAUAAAUUUUAAAAUAAAUCUUCUCUUAAGAGGAAAAUUA